AUGAUGAACAAGGAAUUCUUUGUGGCUUUAUUUGUUGCUUUGUUUAGAUUUUCCGCAUCUGAAUCAAAGCGCUACACUGCUAAAAUAGACUUAGAUGAUGAUACACUCCAUGAAACCCUGUUGACUGAAUAUGAUGCUCAUUCACUGGUCAUGUGCUCAGCAAUGUGUGGUCCGAGGUGUACUUACUUUGGUUACAAUUUACAAACAAAGAAAUGUCGAGUUUACACUGGAUGUCAUUCAACUAGGUCAGCAGGACCGGAAGUAGGGUGGAGAUACUAUUUUACAGAAUCUGAAGAGAACACUCGCCCGACGGACUGUAAACGUUUGCUUGCUGAUGGUUUUACUUUAUCUGGUGUUUAUACCAUCUAUCCCUGGGACAACCCUUCACUGGAAGUUUUCUGUGAUAUGGAUACAGAAGAUGGAGGGUGGACGGUCAGUGUAAUUAGAGACAGUAUGUUGGACACAGGUAACCCUAUUGACCUCGAUCUGUCCGGGAUGAACUUCUCCACACCAGACAGGGAUAACGACAGAUGGAGUAAUGGCAGCUGUGCAGCUUACAACAACAGAAGAGGAGGCUGGUGGUUUAAUUGGUGUGGGUUUGCCUUCCUUAACGGUCCCUGGUCCCCGGCAUACUGGUAUAAACCAUGGUGGCCUACACUUAAUGACGGAAGCCAGAUAACAGAGACU